GCGAAGUGGCGUCGGGGGGAAGGGGCGGCUCAUUGAGACAGGCAGGCAGGCAGGCAGGAGCGGGGAAAUAAAACCCAAUGCAUGCGACUCAGCUGCGGACUGGACAGACAGAACCUGGGAAUAAAGGAACAAAUACAAAUAAAUAAACAAAACAAAGGUUGGUUUGAAUUUGUAGCUGCCGGGCUGUCGAGUGGAAACAAAGACAGACGGAGAGAGGACCGCACGCUGAGAGGAGCCUCAACAAGCACAACGUUCUAGUGAUGAUUGACACCAAAUUUGUUGUGUGUGACUCUCCACACGUGAGGACAAGAAGAAAACAGAAGAGUCAGUCAGCGUUCCUUCCUUCCUUCCCCCUCCUCGUUCUCUCAUCUCCUCAUCCUCCUCUGAAGGGUUGAAGCCAUGCCCAUUGUUUCUGCAAAUACAGGGCUGCAUGAGACUCUGGCCAUCCUGACAUCUCAACUCCACCCUGAUGCCAACCACAAGGAAGACCUGGUCUUCCUCAGAGACGUCUUCAGUGAGAAGAGCAUCGGUUACCUCAUGAAGAUCCAUGAACGGUUAAAGCUGUACGAGAAGUACAGUCCCACUCCGGUCCUGCACAGCGCCUCCUGUCUGGCAGAGGAUCUGGCAGAAGAGCUUCAGAGUGGGCCGCUGCAGGAUGACGAGCGAGAGCUGCUCCUUUUGCUGAACACACCUCACCUGAAGGCGGUGCUGUCAGCUCACGACAUUGUUGCCCAGAAGAAAUUUGACCCAGUUCUUCCCCCGUUGCCAGAAGAUUUGGACGAUGACUUUGAGGAAGAGUCUGUGAAAAUCGUCCGUCUGGUUAAGAACAAAGAGCCUUUGGGAGCAACCAUUCGGAGAGACGAGGCCACCGGAGCUGUAAUCGUGGCAAGAAUCAUGCGUGGAGGGGCGGCUGACCGCAGCGGUCUGGUCCAUGUGGGAGACGAGCUGCGAGAGGUGAACGGAAACCUGAUCACUCACAAAAGGCCUGAAGAGAUCAGCCAGAUCCUGUCUCAGUCUCAGGGCUCCAUCACUCUGAAAAUCAUCCCAGCUGUUGCUGAAGAAGAUCGACUGAAGGAGAGCAGAGUCUACCUGCGCGCUCUGUUUGACUACACACCUUUUGAGGACAAGGCAACGCCGUGUCAAGAGGCGGGACUUCCUUUCAAGAGAGGGGACAUCCUGCAGGUCGUCAGCCAGGAGGACGCCACCUGGUGGCAAGCCAAGAAAGUGGGCGACUGCAACCUGCGUGCUGCCCUCAUCCCCUCCAUUCAGUUUCAGGAGAGGCGUCUGAGAUACAGAAUGAAGAUGAAUUCCCUUCCUGCUCCUCUGUCUCCCAAAGCCCCAACAUAUGAUCGGACAGAGAAAGAAGACUGUGACAGUAAAAGUGCUCUGAAUGGAAAGGAUGUAGUUUCUCCCAAGAAUAAGGCAGCGCCUGCCUUCUGUGGCCAUGCUUUCUCAUGGGAAUUUUACUCAGCCAGUUUACGCCGAAGUUUCCGGCUGAAAAAAGAUCGACAGGGUUCACCAGCAGAGACCCAAACGCCAGAAGGCCAACGGUCGGACUUCCGGAUCUAUGAGGAAGUUACGCAAUAUUUGCCACGCCCUGGAGAAAAGCCCCGCCUUAUUGUACUGAUAGGUUCGCUAGGAGCUCGGGUUACAGAGCUAAAACAGAAGGUGAUAGCAGAUAACCCUCGAUGGUUUGGUCUGGCUGUUCCCCACACGACCCGAGCCAGAAAGACUCACGAGAGAGAAGGAGUGGAGUACCACUUCAUCAGCAGAGCAGCUUUUGAGGCCGAGAUCCAGAAUGGGAAGUUUAUUGAAUAUGGGGAGUAUAAAGAGAAUCUGUACGGCACCAGCUUGGAGUCCAUUCAUAAAGUUCUGAGUCAGAACAAAGUCUGUUUAGUGGAUGUGCAGCCAGAGGCCCUGAAGACUUUGCGAACGGCCGAGUUCAAACCGUACAUCAUCUUCGUGACGCCUCGCUUCCCCGACAGCCAAAGAAAACACUUUGGCUCCUCUUCCUCUCUCAGCGCCGGGAUCACGGAGGAGGACCUCCAGGAAAUGAAGCAGUCUGCAGAGAAGAUGGACGAGUGCUAUGGCCAUUGGGUGGACUACGUGUUGGUGAAGGAGGACCCAGUGAGUGCCUUAGCGGAGCUCCAGGUGGCGCUGGAGAGGGUGCAGACGGAGCCGCAGUGGGUUCCUGUGUGCUGGGUGAGGCGUUAGCCUCAUCAACUUCCUGAUAAACAGAGACCACUGUGCAAGGACCCACCGCUGUGGGGGACCAAAUGUUUACCGCCAUGUAACCAUUCCACACCUAGAGAAGGACCGCCAUGAAAAACAGAAAAAUGUCUGAUAGUUGGUACGGUCACAGGAAAAAAAGUACACCCAGUUAUGGGAGUUUCUUAAAGGGGCAGUUUAAGUAGCUAUGUUCCGAUAUAAAAAUGUUGUAUGAAUUUGCAAUUUAACAAAGUAAAAUUAUUAAAACUCCUGCUCUUUCCAAAACCCCCCUUCAGGAAAUCAUCACAACAUGGCUCCUCUAUAAACCCUUUACCAUUUUUACCAGCACUGCAUUUGGCUAAUUGCUGCUGGCUAGUCUGAAGGAGCUGAAUGAGCUGCUCUGUGAAGCAGCAGCUGGAAAGCCUCAGAUCUGAGGAAGAGCUGUGUCUCGAAGGCGGGACUCGGUCCAUCCAGACAUUUUGCACAGCUGAAUGGUGCAAACAUGCAUGAAAGAAUCAAGGCAACAUACAGCUCUGGAAAAAAUGAAGAGCCCACUGCACUGAACUGCAUUGAAAACGUCAUGGUUAUUCCACCAAAUACUGAUUUCUGAACUCUUCCUAAGUUAAAACAUUAGUAUUAUUUCUAAAUGAAUAUGAACUUGUUCUCUUUCAGAAUUUGAGGUUUGAAACCACUUUUUUUUAACCAUUUCUCAUUUUCUGCAAAUAAAUACUAAAUAUUUGCUUUGAAUUUCAAAUACAUUUUAGUAUUUCGUAGAAUAAAAGAACAAUGUUCAUUUUACUCAAACAUAUACCUACAAUAAGCAAAAUCUGAUAAACUGAUCAUUUUAAGUAGUCUCCAAUUUUUUAGAGCUGCAUGUGUUUGAUGUAACUAUGAUUUAUUACCGAUACCCUUCCAUACUGGUGUUAAAACACGCCUGGAGAUAAGAAAAACUAAUUAUUUAGCAACGAUUCCACAUACAGAUGACUAAUUUAUCUUUGCAAAAUCCUCUGGAAGCAGCAAGGGUGUACUUAUUUUCCUAUGCCUGUUGCUCCAGCUGAGGAAACUUUCUUUCCAGCGGCUAAUUGUGCCGUUAUUGCAAAUAAAGUCUGCAGUGGCUCCCGGGUUGCAGGUGAGGCUGUUGUAGUGAAGCAGUGCUGAUGUACACACUGUAUAUCUAAAGUCCAGCGGUAGAAUAACGGCUAACUCAGGCAUGCAGGACCAAGUUUCAGUUAAUGUCACAGAUCUGUUGUGGUCAGUAAUAGAAGACCUGUUUUAAUAGCAGCUAUGCUGUGAAGUGCCAUAAUGAAUGUGUUGAAUUCACGCAGGAAACUGUUGUAGCCUGUGAGCUGACAGAAUAAAUCUGCCCUGCUGGACAAAUGUUAA